AUGUAUUCGACAAGGUUACUGCGCCAAGCCAUCCCGCUGGGUAUGCGCACCGCUGGCUGGGUGACCGAUAAGCCGAGUGCUGGUUUUACACUGCGGUCACUUAUCUUGGACGAGGUGCAAGACAAUGAGAUUCUGGUGGAGAUGAGGUAUAGUGGAAUUUGCCAUACCGAUAUUGCAGUUUCUAAAGGAAUGCUCGAUAUGACCGAGUUUCCUGCUGUACUUGGCCAUGAGGGUGCAGGGACCAUCAUGGCUUUGGGCGAAGGGGUCAAAAGCAAGUCUCUCAAAGUCGGAGACUCGGUUGUUUUAUCAUACAAUGCCUGUCAGACAUGCCCAGCUUGCCUGUCUGGGCAACGUGCCUUCUGUCAUGACCACCCACAGGUCAACCACAACGCUGUUCGCCUUAGUGACAGAACGACUCCUGCGCGGCUGCUGGAUGGAACGCCGGUACGGUCUCAAUAUUUCGGGCAUUCUUCUUUUGCUAAACACUCCGUCGUUCACGAAGAUACUGUCGUGCGCUGUGAUUACCCAGAUCAACUCGCCACCUACGCCCCUCUGGGAUGUGGAUUUCAAACAGGUGCCGGCGCCAUUUUCAAUGUGGCCAAGCCGCAGCAACACCAAACCGCGGUCAUCUUUGGCAUGGGAACUGUUGGCCUAGCGGCCCUGAUGGCUUGCAAGUACAUUGGUCUAAAACGUCUCAUAGCCGUAGACCUCAAUAAUGAGAGGCUGAAGCUUGCAGCCGAGCUAGGGGCUACUGAUCUUCUUAAUGCUGCUGAGAUUCCGGAUGUGCCUCAAGCCAUCCGAGCCCUGACGGAACGAGGCGCAGACCAUACAGUUGAAUGUACUGGUAUUACGAGCAUCGUCGAGGAUGCUGUGCGUUCAACAGCUCCUCAAGGUCAUAUUACCGUCCUAGGAGUUCCCAAACCCGGGUCAACUUUUUCUAUCGACGCUCUUGAUUUCCUUCUCGCCAACAAGUCGAUACAUGGCAUCAUCCAGGGAGGAGCUCAGCCUCACAGCUUUCUCCCUUUUCUCAUUGAUUUACACCGACAGGGGCAGUUUCCGUUGGAAAAGGUCUGCCGAGUCUUUUCAGCACGACAUAUUAAUCAAGCCAUCAAAUCCAUGCACAGUGGAGAGACCAUAAAACCGGUGCUCUCGUGGGAAGAUGUGAGCAUUGACGAAGCCGUGUAA